UAUUUGUUCGUGUUGCGCAUCGGAUCGGUUACGUCGCGUUUGCGAAUGCGAUUGUGUUAACGGUAAACACGCAAAGCAAAGUGCAAAAAUAUCAACAGCAACAACAACAACAGCAAAAGCCGGCAAGGCCAUAAAGAAAGUUAAUCGUGUGACAAACCUUUGCAACACUAACAACAACCACAACAAUAAGAAUAAGACCACAAUGUUUGUCCCACAACAAAAUCAACAUCUUCCCUGCAGAAGAAGAAGAACAACAACAGCAACAAAUGCCGCCUGCCUUGUGAUAAUUAACCGUCUGCUGUUAUCGCUGCUGUCCACAAUUGCAAUCACAGCAACACUGGCUCAGCCUCAACAGCAGCCAGAAUCUUCGCUUGCUGGAGGCGCUCAUGUUGCCGCCUUGGCAGCUCCUGGUCCCGGCGCCACCUCAAUCGGCUCCUCGUCGAUCCUCGAUCAAUUCAGCCCCAAUUGCAGCGCUGUGACGCACAUUUUCCAGGCGCGUGGCAUCGAUGCCAACGAAAUACCGCAAAAGCCCAGCAAUGAACGCGUGCUACGCUACUGUGAAUCUCCAUCGGUGGGCACAUGUUGCACCUACAACAUGGAGACACGAAUGGCGGCGCAGUCCCGCCAACAGUUGGAAUGGCACACCAAGGAGCAGAUAACAAAAAUGUCCGGACUCCUGGGCAGCAAGGCAACCAAAUUUAAUGAUAUUUUUCGCAAAUUGCUGCUGGAAUCGAAGGGACAGUUUCAUACGAUGUUCAUGCGUACAUAUGGCGUCAUCUAUCAGCAGCACUCGUAUGUCUUUUCCGAUCUAUUCAAUGAACUGGAGAACUACUAUGCCCGGGGUCGGGUCGAUCUGAUCGAUGUGAUGGACAAGUUCUUUAGCACGCUCUAUCAAAAGAUGUUCACCGUUCUCAAUGCGCAGUAUGCCUUUGACGAAAAAUACAUGCAGUGCGUCAGCGAGCACAUGAAGGAGCUGAAGCCGUUCGGCGAUGUGCCCGACAAGCUGUCAGUGCAAAUCAAGCGAUCCUUUGUCGCCACACGCACCUACGGACAGGCACUGGCCACUGCCGCCGAGGUCUCCAAGCGCAUACUAACUAUUCGACUCAAUCCGGACUGCACGGGAGCAUUGACCAAGAUGCAACACUGUGGCGCCUGCAAAGGGUAUACGGAAAAGCCGUGCACCAACUACUGUGUGAAUGUGAUAAAGGGUUGUCUACACUAUCUGCAUGAGUUCGAUACCGAAUGGGAGAACUUUGCCAUGGCCAUGGAUAAGGUGGCCGAACGCAUGCUCGGCUCAUUCAACAUUGUGAUGGUUGUGGAGCCAAUCAAUAUCAAAAUCUCGGAGGCAAUUAUGAACUUCCAGGACUCUGGUCAGGAUAUUACCAAUCGCGUGUUUCAGGGCUGUGGCAGACCCACUUUGAGACGCGCCAAGCGUUCCAUUAAUCCAAAACUAUUGCCGGCACCAUCUGCUGCCGCUGUUCAUGAACUGCGUGCGGAAAGCACUCCGGAGACUGACACGCUGGACAUUGAUGCCACACUGGACGAGGCAAUUGUGUUGCGCGAGCGACGUGCUGCCGAGCCAGGCCAACAGGACUCGUCCGCGCAGCAGUCACAGGAGCAGGGAGUGGCAAAUGGUAACUCCGGCAAUGGCAAUGGUGGCGGUGGUGGCGGUGGUGGAGGCAAUAAACGUCAACAGCAGCGCCGCAAGCAGCAGCGACGCAAGCAGCAACAGCAGCAGAACAAUCGCAAUGACAACGACGACGACGAUGGCGACAGCAAUGGCGGCAGCAGAGAGCCAAUUCUAGACAAGAUCGUGCGCGACAUCCGGCAGCGUGUGAAGGACUACAAGAAGUUCUGGUCGAAUCUGCCGCAUUCGAUAUGCAGCAACGAGGACAUUGCUGCCUCCACCGAUGUGGAUGGCAUGUGCUGGAAUGGACACACUAUCGACAGAUAUAUGCACUCGGUGACGACGGAGCAUGGCUCGAAUCCGGAAUUUAGCGGCAAUCCAGCGAGCACACGCCAAACGGCUCAGAUGUCCACGCAGCUGUUUCAUCUGAAGAAUGCUAUCAAUCAUCUGCGUAAUGCCUACAAUGGCCAGGAUGUCGACUGGAACGAGCAAGAGGAACCCUAUAUGGGCAGCGGUGCUGGCUCCGGCUCGGGAUCCGAGGAUGAUGAGGACGAUGACGAGGGCUCCGGUUUGGGUCCGUUUGAUCCCAGCCACAAGCCAGACGUGGACCAUCCGUCGGUGCGUGUUGACGCCGAGAAUGAUGAUGAUGAAGAUACCCAUCCUGCCGUUACCACGCACACGUCGCGGCCCAAUGUGGAUGACAAGAAUCCGCUGGUUCAUACCACGCAUGUGACACACGAUCAUAAUGAUCUGGAUGAGCCUCGCGGUGGCGACGAUGACGAUGACGAGGAGGAUGAUGAUGGCAGCGUCCGCAACUCAUCAACGGAUGGCGCCACGCGUGCCUCGAACGCACCGGAGAAGAUGACGCUGCGUCGCGCUCUGGUCGUCUAUUUGCUGCCACUGUAUAUGGCGUGGUUCGGUGGCGUCUGCGCCGAUUUGCUGUGAUUACUCAAUACGCUGCCCACAACGAAGAAAACGAAGCGAGCUAGCGAACAAGUGCAGCCGAGGUGGAACAUAUCACGCCCCCAUGUCCGCUGCACGCCCACACCUCUCAGUCAUUCAUCCAUGAAACAAAAAUGUUAUUAGAAACUUCUUAUAUACGAAAAUGCAAGUCCAAAAUUUUAUAAAAACUUUUGUCAAAGCAAUGAAAAAGCAAUGAGAAAAUAUAGAGAACCACAGUUAUGGCCAACCCUUUCAAAAAGCAUCAAUCGAUCGAUUCUACGAUAUAGACACCAUACUGAAACUGUCGCCCAUCAUUGUAUAUUGAAAGGAAUACGUAACGAGCCCCCUUCUUCCUCUCACAUUAUAAUUAAGUUAAGUCCAGCGCCCUAAGUCGUAAGUGCGAAAUUGUAAACUGUAAGUGCAUGAAUGCGUGUAUGAGUAUGAUUGAAUGCGUUUUGUGAGUGCCUGUGUGAGUGCCUGUUCAUUGUGAUCGUUUAGCAAAAAUUAACUAUAAUCAUUUUAGAAACGUAAACUAAGCAAACUUAUAUUUGUAUUAUAUUUAUACAUACAUAUACUAUAUACACACGUGCAUAUACAUACGUAAAAGUUGCCAGCAUAUUUAAAACGUUAACGUUUAAUAACAAACAACAACAA